GAAGAUGGUGGUUGUUUGGUAUCCGUCAUUAGUCCUAGAAGAAGAGUCAAUUCUUCUUCCUUUAUCGUCUACUUCCUGAAGAGAGUAAUAAACUGAAUAGUAAAAUAUAACAACAUAGAGGAAGAGUGUUUUUUCUUACGUGAAGAUGACCCGGUAAUGCUACAUUUAGGGAAAAGUGGAUGUUUUCCCUUUUUUACUGCAUGUUGUCCGCAGGCUGGUUGCUAAUCCCAGCUAGCUAGCUAAGAGAGAGACACACCUGCAGACUCCGAGUCUGUUUAUUCAGAUAUCUGACAGCUAAACCGAAAUCAACAGCGAGCUGUAAAAUAGUUCCACAACAAUCCAGCAACAUGCACAGAAGAGGAGUUGGAGCAGGGGCUAUCGCCAAGAAGAAACUUGCAGAGGCCAAAUACAAAGAGAGAGGUACAGUCUUAGCUGAAGAUCAGAUUGUACAGAUGUCUAAGCAGUUAGAAACAUUCAAAACACAUUUAGAAGAGUUCGCCAGCAAACACAAGCAAGAGAUCCGAAAGAAUUCACAAUUCAGAGUGCAGUUUCAAGAAAUGUGUGCCACAAUAGGAGUGGAUCCACUGGCAUCUGGUAAAGGAUUUUGGUCUGAGAUGCUCGGAGUUGGAGACUUCUAUUAUGAGCUUGGUGUACAGAUAAUUGAAGUCUGUCUAGCUCUAAAGCACAGAAAUGGCGGACUAAUUACAUUAGAUGAACUUCAUCAGCGUGUAUUAAAAGGAAGAGGGAAGUUUGCUCAAGACGUGAGUCAAGAUGACUUAGUACGAGCCAUCAAAAAGCUUAAGGCAAUGGGAAAUGGCUUUGGGAUGAUUCCUGUUGGAGGCUCCUAUUUAGUCCAGUCAGUUCCAGCUGAGCUCAAUAUGGAUCACACUGUUGUUCUUCAGCUGGCUGAGAAAAAGGGUUAUGUGACAGUAAGCGAGAUCAAGGACAGCCUGAAGUGGGAGAAAGAACGGGCUUGCCAUGUACUUGACCACCUGCUGAAAGAAGGGCUGGCAUGGUUGGAUACCCAGGCUGCAGGAGAACCACAAUAUUGGCUGCCCGCCCUCUUCUCUGAACUUUCUUCUCGUGAUGUCACGCCUGAGGAAGCGAAUCAGAUGACACCAUGACGAGAAAAAUGUCUUGCUACACACUAAGAAUUUGGUGGAAGUAAAGCUUUUGACUAAGUUGAAUACUGUAAUUGGAAGAACUGAAAUCAUGUUGGACGCUUCUUUCAUACAUGCAUGUGAAAUUCAAGUGAAAGAAUAGUUAUCCUAAUAAAAGCAUUUAUUUUCUGUAACAAUAUUAUAGUAAGUUUUUAUCCCAGGCCUCAAGCAUAUCUCCAGACAAAUGCACUACUUGCCUACAUAUCUCUAGACACAUGCAGUCAUAACCUCACUACAUAUCUCCAGAUAAGUAGCACUCUUAUGUCUUAGCUAUAGGAUAACUGUAUCACGCUAUUUCCACUAAGUGUCCAUGCUCUAAGAUACAUCAUUAAACUCAUAAUGGCACUGGAGAGUAGGACAUUCUUUAAAACUAUAAACUUAAAUAACUAAAGGAAAAGCUACAAGAGAACCGUAUUUAAUUACAAUGAGUGACUUGCUAGUAUUUUCUGCACUAUUACUCGAGUAGCCUUUUUAAAUCAUGAUCUCCAGGUUGAUUUUUUAACAUUUUUCAUUUUCUGCUUUUUGGUUUCACUGUUGAAUACCUUUUCUGAUAAUAGUCCCUUCUUUAUGAAAUUACUGAAAUUAUGAACUGGCUUGAUUUGCUGACUUUAAAGAUGUUAGAGACUUUUUUUUUUUUUUUUUUUUUUUAGAAGUAAUUACUAUAGAUUUUACCAAUCUAUGAUUAAUUAUGAUAUCACCUGACUAGAGUUGCUUUUUGUAAAUAUUUUUCUAGAAUAUUAAGGUCUAUUUCUAAACAACUUCAGUAUUUUCAUUUGUCACUGAUGUGUGUGUUUGAAAAGGACUGAAACAUGAUAAAGACAUUUAUUAUGACAACUCCAAAAUCACAGGUUUGAUCACAGAUGUUCCACAGUUACAGGUAAAAUGUAGAACCCUAAUGGUCCUAGAUUAAUCUAGAAUAUUUAAAGUUUCUGUUUAGAACCCUACAAGUGUGCUUCCCUAUGAGAUAAGGUUUUAGGUAGAACCAUUAACCAGGGGUGUAGGAAUACUGGGCCCCCCUGAAACAAUACUGUCCUGGGCCUGAAACCUUGUUUAAUUUCAUAUUGUGUUGUGUGAACAUUAAAUUUGUAUUUUUGGGCCCAAACUCUGUAAAUCUGGCUUCCCAGAAAUGGAAUAAAACUUGUCAAUUGUUUGUACAGAUUUAUACCAAAAA